AUGAACACUACCACCAGUAGUAACGCAAAAGAUCGCCUGUGGUCUCGACGGCAGAUCGAGGGGCUCAUAGCUGAGGGGAGAAAGAUCAUUAUCCUCGAUGGACGAGUGAUCAAAGCCGACGCAUGGCUACCAUACCACCCUGGAGGUGAAAAGGCCAUUUUGCACAUGGUUGGAAGAGAUGGUACCGACGAGAUCAGGGCGCUUCACUCGCUCGAGGCUCAGGCACAAAUGCAAAAGUUUGCAAUAGGGAAGAUUCAAGGAAGAUGGUCCAAUUUCUUGCCGCCCAUCCAGGGAGGGGUUUUCCGACCAUUGAAACAAGGUACAGAGGACGAACAAGAUGAUGUUGAUGGUACAGAGGUCCACUUCGAGCAGAACUCAAGCUCAUCCAGCAACAGCAGCAUACCUCCAUCGCCUGUCUUUGAUGCGAUCGAUGCUGCAACUUCAACUACUACCUCUCUGUCUUCGGCAUCUUCUAUUUCUGGUCAUGAAAGCUCAGUGUCCAUAUCCAGUCCUAUAGAGAGUCGUCUUGCGGCAGAGAAAUCCUCAGAUUUACUUAAAUAUCCUUCCUUGGAUGCUGCUAGCCAGGACUGGAUCGUUCAAAAAUAUCGGGAGACCGAAAGCCGAAUUCGUGCUGCAGGUCUGUACGAUUGUCCUUACGGAUCCUACGGCAUUGAAUGCAUUCGAUACUUCAUCCUCUUCUCGGCAUUUCUCACUACGCUCCAUUACUCGUAUUUCGCGUUGUCAGGUCUGUUCCUCGGUAUGCUGUGGCAUCAACUGGUCUUCACGGUCCACGACGCUGGCCACAUGGGCAUUACCCAUAAAUUUCACGUCGACACUUGUAUCGGCAUUUUGAUUGCUGAUUUCAUUGGGGGCCUCUCAAUCGGCUGGUGGAAACGGAAUCACAAUGUCCAUCAUAUCGUCACGAACUCACCAGAGCACGAUCCUGACAUUGAGCAUCUACCUUUCUUUGCCAUCAGCACCCGCUUCUUCACCUCUCUUCGAUCUAGCUAUUAUGAGCGCGUCAUGAAAUUCGAUGCUUUUGCCAAAUGGCUCAUUGCAAAACAAGAUUGGCUGUACUAUCCCAUCAUGGCCUUUGGGCGCUUCAACCUCUACAGACUUUCUUGGGAAUAUCUCCUCCUCGGUCAAGCCCCGAAAAAAGGAAUAGCGUGGUGGCAUCGUUACCUGGAAAUGACCGGACAUGUAUUCUUCUGGACAUGGUUCGGGUACUUUCUGCUCUACAAGUCCAUUCCUACGGCAUGGGAUCGCUUUGUAUUCGUCAUGGUCUCCCACGUCAUCACCGCGCCUCUCCAUGUUCAAAUUACUUUGUCGCACUUCGCCAUGUCAACAGCCGACAUGGGAACACACGAGUCAUUCCCACAGAAAAUGCUUCGAACGACGAUGGAUGUGGAUUGUCCCACAUGGCUCGAUUUUUUCCACGGCGGACUCCAGUUCCAAGCAGUCCACCAUCUGUACCCGCGUAUCCCGCGCCAUAAUCUCCGCGCGGCGCAAAAAUACGUCAAGGAGUUCUGUGCAGAGACCAAGAUCCCCUAUGUCAUCUACGGGUUUGGCCAGGGCAACAAAGAAGUCAUCAGUAGACUCGGUGAAGUGGCCAAGCAAGUCAAGGUGUACGAAGAAUGCCGGAAGACAUGCGUCAAGGAAAUGGUCGAGGGCCACGGGUUCGGACAUUGA